UGUUUAAAUGGGGGUGCCGAGGGGAGAGGUCCGCCGCUGGAACGAUCCUUGCAGAUUCCAGGCGCAUGUAUAUGGAAUGGGACUUGUGGCAGUUCCCAAUUCCGUCGACCCUGUACAAGGCAGGUGAUCGCGGGUGGUCGGGUGGUGACAGUUCUUCGCCGCCCGUUUCGACUUUCGACUUUGAAUUCCGAUCGACGACUUUACCGGUCAUGUCGCGACGACCUCCGACUAUAUUCACGACACGCACCAUUUGAUUUCGACGAAAGCUAUCUCGAAAGAAGAUGGAGCGUGAGGACAGAACGAAAGCUCGCACGAAGCUGUCAUCCAGCAUAACUCAUCUCAUUCGCGAAGCAACACAAGCGGAAGCUAAUAAAUGGAAGAAGCGGCUCCUAGACGCCAAAGACAGAUUGGAGAGGCUGUACGAGGAGAAGGUGAGGUAUGAGGUAGGAAGGAUGCACUCGAGCAUGAUGGCGGAGAUGCAUCACUGGCAAUGCGAGCAGCAAGCCGAAAUCCGUCGCCUCGCGUCAAGGGCUCAGCAAUCCCUGGAAGGGUACAAGCAGCGGAUCCGCGACCUCGAACGAGAGCUCAGGGAUCGUCGGGAAACGGAGGAAAGAUCCCUGAAAUUGAGGCAACGGGAAACGGAGCGACUUCGGAAGGAACUCCGAACGCAGAAAGACACCAGGUGGAAACUGCAGCAAUCGCUCAAGGAAGCGCGUGAGACGAAUGAGGAGAAAGCUCGAAGAUGGAAACUACAGUGCAAGCACCUUCGACAUCGGCUGGCAGCUGCGAAGAAUCAUCUCAUGCAGCCCUCCAUUGUACAGAUCGGAGGGCCUCAGAGCCUGAGUGGUAUCCCGUCUCCUCGAUUCGAAAUGCCUCCGGGGCAUUCUCUCCUCCCCAUUCCCAUGUCUCAUCUGAAGAGGAACAUGAGCCACAGCAACUUGAGCAGAAUCCCGACCCUUUCUGGCAAGAAAAUGAGUCCCUUUGAGAUGGGUCAUCAAGCUCCGGGAAUGAGAAUGAUGAAGAAGGCCAUCUCAACCUCUCGUCUUGCCGUUCCAUUCACCGCUGUGAACUUCGGAGAUGACUGGGGACAACUGAAGAGCUCGAGCCGGUCGAGAAAUUCGUCCUCUUCCUCCCUUCGAAUCAAGGAUGAUCAUCGUCAGCCGUUGAGUCUUCCUGUCUCUUCUCGUUUACCACUUCGCCACGUUGAGCCUCUCCUUCAACCGCCCUCUAGCCAGGAGGAGCUACUGGAGCAAUUAGGUCAUCAACAUAGACUCCUUGUCACUGGACUAGGAAAUCUCCGCCAGAAGCUGACAUCCGUUGCCGGCUGCGAAGGAAGUGCCAAGCCCUUGGCUGCUCGCAGGAAUUACUUGAAUAUUAUUUGGAAGAUGGAGGAGAACAUCUCUGUCAUAGACAAUCUCCUCGUCAAAAUCAAGACUCUCAACUCCACCUUGGUGGAAGCGAAACGCACCGAGAGCAUCGUGAGCGGAGGUGUUGAAAGUCUACGGAGCCGAUUGGCAGCCUUGGAGCGGUCAGAAGAGGAGUUGCUCCGGGGGAUCCAGGCAAAAGAGGAAGAACUCCGGGGGAAACAGGAGGAAGUGGAAGACUUGCGGAGAAGAGUAGCUGCACUCGAGAAUCGACUUCGCAACGAAGGACGGGACAUGAAAGAACAAAACGAACUCAUGGAAUUCCGAGUCCUCGAACUGGAAGCAUGGUACCAACAGCAUCAAAAUGGAUUGGCGGAAGCACGACGCGAUUGGCUCAAUUUCAAGUUGAUUUCGUCGGGUGAAAUGGGAACGAGUCACGGUACCAGGGUCGAGGACGAGGAAGAAUGGGAAAUGUGGAAAGAGGCCAUGCAACACAUGGACGAUCUGGUGCGGAAUUUGACGGCAAAUCGUCAGUUGGUCGGAGAGCUGCAGAAGGAAAAUGUGCGUCUCCAAGAGCAAUUGUCCCUGUUGGAAAGCCAGAAACCAGGGGAAGAAGGCGUGGAGGGGAAUGGCUGCAUCAUGAAACUGGCAGGAUGCAAGCGCUGCGAUCCCGUCUUCCCCGAAUGCCAGUGCGGCGAGAACCGACCAGCCGGGGACGGAAGUUUCCAGGAGAGUGGCAUCUUCGAUGGGGGAAGCGAUGUGGUCAGUGAAGCAGCCACUCAAACAGAGGAUAUGGUCGACAUCACCGACGGCCAGGGAACUCUCGCGGAGGAAAUCACCAAGCUUCUCCAGUUCAAAGACAGCAUGGAACAGGAGCUGGUCGACGCUGGCCUGAGGAAGAAAUCUCAGAGCGAAGGUGAGGAAGAUUCUCCAGGGGAAGUCGAGAUUCUUCGCCGAGAACUGCAAGGCAUGACGAGGAAGGUGAAGGCCAUCGAGGAAGCCCGUGCCGAGUUGGAGGAAGCUGAAAAUGACGCCCGACUUCGCGUUCAAAGCCUGGAGUGGGAGCUAUCUUCAGCGGCUCACCUCGAGAAAUUGCUCCGGGAAGACUUGGCUCAUCAGCAGGGGUCUCUGAGGCAGGUCAACGAAGAGCUGAGACAGUUACAAGAGAAACAUCAAAUCCAAUGCUCUCGCCUCGAGCAGGAGAUACGAGUCCUUCGUGAAGGACAUUCUGCAGUUGGAAGGAAGGACGCGGAAUGCCAGACGGCAUCCGGACAGGAAUUGGAACUUGAAGUCGAUCGAGGGAAGAAUAGAGAGGAAUCGAGGUCGAGAGAGGACUCGAUUCUUUCCGGAGAUCCAUUAGAGCGAAUGGAAAAGCUGGUUAACAUGGGAAAGCGAGAAUCGGCCUUCACUAAAGAGAACCUCCCCCCCUCAGAGCUCUCUUAUUAUAUGGAACACAUCAAGGCGCUGGAAUCGGAAAGAAAGAAUCUCCGCGUUGCCAUCGAAGCGGAAAGGGAAUCUGGAGCUCAGAAGCAUCGGGAAUUGGCCGAGAAAUGCCAAGAAUACGAGACGCAGAUCGCGGGGCUUCUUGCAGCCACGGCACAAUUGGAUGUCGAGAAAGCCGGCUUUAAGGCACAACUCGACCAGCUGCAUGUGGAGAAGAGGGAGCUGGACGAGAAAGUGAGGACUCUCCUGGAUAAGAACGAGCAGGAAGGGCUCCGAGCGUCCUUGCUCAGCGCCCUCGGUGCCGGAGAACACCUUCAACAUCUCUCCGUGAAUGACUUGUUGGAAAGAGUACGAGAUAUGGCCGACAAGUUAGUCAGUCUCAGAGAGGUCAAGGCCGAGUUGGAAAACAAGGAAAGUGCCUACAAGGAGACGCUGCAAGAGGCGGACAAGAUCGUGGCCGAUGUCGAGAAGAGAUAUCAAGAUAAGAUCCGAGAAAUGGAGGCGCAGGAAGCGAAAACGAGUGCCAGGCUGAAGAACAUGCAGGAGAACGAAGCCCUUCUUCAGAAGAUGCUGAAAUCCCUGAACUCCGGGAGCGGAGGAGGAAACGGGCAUUUGAGUCAAGUGACGGAACUAUUACAGAAACUCAUCGAAGUGGAAAAUGGGAACAUGGCAAUGAAGGAGAAGAUUUUGGACCUAGAACGCGUGGACCGAAACAAGACCAUGCAGCUAAUGGAGAAGGAACAAACCAUGAGGGAGUUGAAGCAGGAGAUCUCGGAGCAAGAAGAACUCUUCAGUCGCAUUUCCCAUCUCCAGCAGGAGAACCUGGAACUCCAGGCCGACCAUUCUGCUGUGUUGCCCCUCAGAAAGCAGAUCCACGAAUUGAGAGAAGCGAAUGGUGUACUACGUGGCCGGGUGGAAGAUUUGGAGGAAAGCGAGCGCUCUCUUCAGCAGACUGUGGAGCAGGCAACAAACUUAUUGAAGGCUAAAGAAGUCCGCCAUCAAAGUCAAACUGGAAGUCUCCGGGAUGAACUGACGCAAGUGAAGGGGGAGCUCCAGGAAGCGCGGUCUUCGGAGGAACGGCUCCGGAAUGAGAUUCAUUUAUUGCGGGUGGAAAUCUCCUCCCUCAAAGAGGAACUGAGCAAGAAUACGGAGAAUCUGAACGGGAUAUACAGUUCUCACCGAGUCGAGGUCUCCCGGCUCCGACACCAGUUGAACCUGGUUAACUCUCAGCUGGAGCAGGCGGAUUCUUUCCACGGUAGCCUUCAGUUGGAAAAGGAAAACUUGAGUGCCAUGGUGGAGAAGCAGCGGGGAGAUAUCCAGGCCCUUCAGGCUCAAUAUGAACGAGGACUCUUAGAAUUCAAUCUCAAAGUUGCGGACAAGGAAGAGGAGAUCGAGGCACUCCAGCGGCAGCUGAGGGAAUUGCAAGGGAAGACGGCCGCGGCUGAUUUGGAUGCGCUCGCCUUGAAAGAGAAUACUCUCUCUUCAAUGUGGAACAAUGUCCACGCCUUGCAUGCCGUUGUAAAGGUUUGUGGUUCAUGUCGAGGCCGUGCAGUAACGCUCACAAGUCACCUGCGUGACGAUGUCAGUGGAAUUUGUCGCAUCAUCAUGGGAGACGAUUUACCAGUUCCUGAUGAGAUAAAGCUGAUGCCAGCAAUGCAAGAGGCACAAGUGGCAGAAGAGAAUCAAGUAACACCUGAGCGCGACCGAGCUGAGGUUCAUAGACUCGAACGUCAGCUUGCCCUGUCUGAGAACGAGGGGAAUGUGAUUGCCGAGCAGUUGGCAAAGGCGGAAACUACUCUUCUUGAAAAGACACAGGCAUUGGAAGCAAGCCAAGGUGCAGUGGAACACAUGAGGCAGCGAAACUUCCAGCUUCACUGUGAAGUAGAAAAGCUACGAUUGCGGGAGAGCGAACUGAUCCAACAGAUUGAACAGGCAAAUAUGGAGAAGGAAAGGGCCCUGACAUGCCUGGCAUGGAAAUUCCAGGCUCCCUCCCCACAUUCGGGUUUGAGGCAUCCAUCUUGCGAGAAAAAAACCAAACUGGCGAAAAGGCACACCAUUGAUAUUCCAGUCGAUCCAGUUGAGAGUGAGAGGGAAGGGAGGUUGUCUUCAUCCUUUUUGGAUGAAAGUCCAUUGAGAGAGAGUUUAGAAGAGAAUCAUGCUAAUGAGAGAUCCCUUAACCCCCCAACUGAUUUCUGCAUCACUCGAAGAGUUGGAACAGAUGGCCUCCUUGUGGCUUGGCAGCCUCCUGUUGACACACUGGUCGCUGGAUAUCAUUUAUAUGUAGGAGGGAAUUUCCAUCAUCACGUCAGGAGCCCUCAUCGUACCAAAGCCCUAUUGAAUGGCCUCCACCUUGUUCCUGGCCUGACUGUAUCCAUCAGAACCUUGGACAGUGAGGGACGCUUGUCAGUACCAGCCACAACAACCCUGUUUUCCCCAGCAGGGCCUGAGGGUCCUUCUAAAACAGAGGGGGAACUCUCACUUGGACCUGGAACAAAAUAUGUCUUCAGUGCAGCUCCCAUUGUGACCAGUGAGUCUCUGUGUUAACGAGAUUCGAUUCACGCUUAUUUUUAUGUUUGUCAUCUUCAUGCCAUAAGUGGCACAUUUCUUCAAGUACCAGUGAGUGAAAUGAUGUGCAAGUGACUUCUUUGAUUCAAGUGGGAGUUUUCUCUCAUGAAAUCCAUGUUGUUUUAGAGAAAACUGUGAUGUGCUUUUUCUUCCCAGUUGGUCAUAUUUUACCUUUAUCUUUGUUGUUCUAAGUGAAUUGGAAGUACUUAUUUCACCCCAAUAGAUUUUUGGCCUUUUUUUAAAAUCAAUUCAUGAAUAGAAAUUUCAAAGGCACAGACUUAGUCUUCAUUCUUCGCCAGUGUUUUAAUGUACUGACGUGUCAGAAAGGUCUUCGUUUCUACUUGUCACAAUGAACUGCUUCAGUACUGUCAUUGCUUAUCAUUUUCCAUCUCAGGUAGACCUAAUAUGAUAUAUUCUACCUUCAUGGGGGGGAUGCUGAAGCCUUGACAUUUAAUCCCCUGCCAACUGUUUCUCUCCUGUUGAUGAAAGAAAAAAAUACCAAUGGAUUAAUUGUUGUGAUAACUAUAGUUGGAUAACUAUGUGGAUCAAUAUGGAGAACUGUAUUUGCAUUAGAGGGGUGAUCAAUAAGUUCCAGGACUGGUUCUGUGACUCAUUCAUUCUUUAAUACACAGAUGGCACUUCUAGCAAUUAUCUUGUGUUGAGUCUUCAAGAACAUGGGCAAAAGUUCUUGCUUAUUGGUUUCACUUAGUUUCUUUGAGAAUUUACAUAGAAUGGACUUUUGGCAAAAGUGAAUGAGGAAUUUUUAAAACCACCUUCAGCAUUUCAAGUGCUGUUAAUUUUGCAUGAAAGUGGGAAAAUGUGCAAUGCCCCAGGAACCUUCAAGUUAUGGAAAUAUUUAGUAGAAAACAAGAUUUUUAAUGGGGGUAACCCAAGAUUAGGGCAGCCAUUCACAUCAGCUGCAGAGUGGAACCUGAUGGAACUGCCUGAGCAUCACCUUUGGAUGAAUCCAAGUUCGCAGAGCUCAUGAAUUGCUACUUUCUGAACUCAAGGAUUUUUUGCAAUUUCCCUCCAUCCUUAACCCAACUUAAUGACCAGCCUUGGGUUAUCUCUGAUAAUCUGCCUUUUUUUAAAAACAUUUUUUGCUUGCUGAACAUUAUCCAGCAGUUUGGAGAAUUGCUUCAUAAGUUAAAAGUAGCAGCAUGCAAUAUACUAAAUUUUCUCAGGC